UCAUCUCAGGCCCGAGUCACGUGCUGCUUUAUCUCUUUUUUUUCAGGUUUUUUUUCUGGACGGGACGAGCCAAAAAACGGUGGCAACGUUUUGGGCUCCGUAAGGCGUGAGCGUGCUGACGGACAUCUUUGACUUCGCAAGCGGAGCGGGAAGGUCUCGCCGAAGGUCAGCAAGGGGCUGUAGCGUACAGCGCAACUUUCCUCCGCGGAUGAAUGGCCAGUCGGGCGUCUAUAUGGGGAAAGGCUCAUGGCGCCACGCCGGCUAAUUCCCGCUAAUCCCAGAGCCGCUUUCCCGCGGUAGCCUCGCCGUCAGAUCGGCUCGCUUCCUAGCUGCCGGGCCGGGUCGGGAAUGGGCUCGCUCUCUGUCCUCUCGGUACCAUCGGACGCGCUUGGAGGUUAAUUCCCCAAACGCAGCCGAGGCAGAGAGACGCCCGUGCGCCUUGAGCUGCAAAGCCAAAACCCUCGCCAGGGGCACGGAUCGGACGCUCACCCCAAACCGACCGCACGGCAUCGUUGCCCUGCCCCCCGAAUUGUACGUGCUGAUUGUUUCCCAACAUUUAGUUGUCGCGCAGGAGAUCCCGUCUCAAAAUGUUUCCACAACCCGGGAAAUCGAUUGUCUUUGACAACUUUCCGGACCCGAGUGACACCUGGGAGAUCAUCGAGACCAUCGGGAAAGGGACGUACGGCAAAGUGUACAAAGUGCUCAACAAGGCGGACGGAAGCAAAGCGGCCGUGAAGAUCCUAGAUCCGAUUCAUGACAUCGACGAGGAGAUCGAGGCCGAGUACAACAUCCUGGAGGCUCUUUCUGACCACCCCAAUGUGGUGAAGUUCUACGGGAUGUUCUACAAGAAGGACGCCAAAUGUGGCGAUCAGCUGUGGCUCGUCUUGGAGCUUUGCAACGGCGGCUCGGUGAGCGACUUGGCCAGAGGCUUGCUGAAGCGGGGCGAGCGCAUGGACGAGGCCAUCAUUGCCUUCAUCCUGCAUCAGGCCCUCACGGGUCUCCAGCACCUGCACGCCAACCACACCAUCCACAGGGACGUCAAGGGCAACAACAUCCUGCUGACCACGCACGGAGGCAUCAAACUGGUCGACUUUGGCGUUUCCGCGCAGCUGACCAACACUCGCCUGAGGAGGAACACGUCGGUGGGAACGCCAUUUUGGAUGGCGCCAGAGGUGAUCGCGUGCGAGCAGCAGCCGGACUCCACCUACGACGCCCGCUGUGACGUCUGGUCGCUGGGCAUCACCGCCAUCGAGCUAGGCGACGGCGACCCGCCCCUCUCGGAGCUGCAUCCCAUGAGAGCGCUUUUUAAAAUCCCGCGAAACCCCCCACCCAGCCUCCACCAGCCGGAGUCGUGGUCCGCCGACUUCAACGACUUCAUCGGCAAGUGUCUCAUCAAGGACUUUGAGCUACGACCCAACGUGGAGGACCUCCUCCGGCACAUCUUUGUCCGCCAGACGGUCGGCAAGGAGAAAACGCUGCAGAGACAGCUCGUGGAACUCGUCGAUCUCAACCGGCAAGCAGGAGUCGGCGACAAGAGCGGCCAUCGCGGACAAGCGGACGAAAGCGGAGACGCCAACGAAAGGCACGAACCCAUCCACACCAAAAAAGGAAGCGACACCAAGACGGAGCGAGAUGAGGGCGACGAUCUCGCCGCGUUGGAAGUUCUGGACGAGAACUCGGUCAUCGAGCAGCUUGAACGGCGCUACGGCGAGGACGGGAUCUACACCUACGUGGGAGACAUCCUCAUCGCCGUCAAUCCCUUCCGUAGAAUGAACAUAUACGCUCCUCAGUACAGUCAAAUGUACGUGGGCGCAAAGCGGACAGCCAACCCGCCGCACAUCUUUGCCGUGGCCGACAUCGCCUACCAGUCCAUGGCGUCGUACGAUUCCGAUCAGUGCAUCGUCAUCAGCGGUGAGAGCGGAGCGGGCAAAACGGAAAGCGCUCACCUGCUCGUGCAGCAGCUCACCGUCUUGGGCAAGGCCAACAACCAGUCCCUCCAGGAGAAGAUCCUGCUGGUCAACAGCCUGCUGGAAGCCUUCGGAAACGCCCGCACUGCCAUCAACGACAACUCCAGUCGCUUUGGCAAGUACCUGGAAAUGAAGUUCACCGCCGGAGGGACGGUGGUGGGCGCCAAGAUAUCCGAGUACCUGCUGGAGAAGUCCCGGGUCGUUCACCAGGCUGUGGGGGAGAAGAAUUUCCACAUCUUCUACUACAUCUAUGCCGGGCUGGCCGACAGGAAGAAGCUGGCCCACUACAAGCUGUCCGACAACAAGACACCAAAGUACCUGUGCAACGAGCAUGGCAAACCGGGGCCCGACAUUGUGAGCAGCGGCCGCUACAAGGAGCGAUUUGACGCGGUGGAGCAGUGUUUCAAAGUCAUCGGCUUCUCCCUGGAGGAGCUGGGCAGCGUGUACAGUACCCUGGCGGCCAUCCUCAAGUCGGGCGACGUCCGCUUCUCCGCCGUGGUCUCGGAGCACCAGACUGACAAGAGCACCGUCGCCAACAUGUCUGUCCUGGAAAGCGUGGCAUCGUUGCUGCGCAUUCGCCCGGACGAGCUCCAGGAAGCCUUGACCUCCCACUGCGUGGUGGCCCGGGGCGAGACCAUCGUGCGCCCCAACCCGGUGGAGAAGGCGGUGGAGGUGAGGGACGCCAUGUGCAAGGCUCUGUACGGCCGCCUCUUCAGCUGGAUCGUCAACCGCAUCAACGCGCUGCUACAGCCUGAUGGCCGCAUCGGAGAGGACGACCAGGGCUUGAACAUCGGCAUCCUGGACAUCUUUGGCUUUGAGAACUUCAAGAGGAACUCCUUUGAGCAGCUGUGCAUCAACAUCGCCAAUGAGCAGAUCCACUUUUAUUUCAACCAGCACAUCUUCGCCUUGGAGCAGGAUGAGUACCUAAACGAAGACGUGGACGCUCGCAUGAUUGAGUAUGAGGACAACCGGCCGCUGCUGGACCUGUUCCUGCAGAAGCCCGUGGGCAUGCUGGCCCUCCUAGACGAGGAAAGCCGCUUCCCGCGGGCCACCGAUAAGACGCUGGUCGAGAAAUUCCAAGAUAACCUGAAGACCAAAAACUUCUGGAGACCAAAGAGGAUCGAUCUGGGAUUUGGUAUUCAGCACUAUGCCGGAAAGGUGAUCUACAACGCCGCGGGCUUCCUCGCCAAGAAUCGAGACGCGCUUUCCGCGGAUAUCGUGCUCCUCCUGAGAUCCUCGGAGAACGAGCUGGUUCGCAAGCUGGUCACCCACCCGCUCACCAAAACGGGCAACCUGGCCCACACCAAAGGCAAAGCCGUCAACACGCUCCUCACCCCGCGCACCUUCGCAAAGAUGGGAGUGCUUACCUUGUAUACUUCUUUUCCUCUCACUGAGCCGAUUGAGACGGACGCGCCCUACCAUCCUCGAGAAAGCACCAACAUGAGAUCGCAGACAGUGGCGUCCUACUUCAGAUACUCCUUGAUGGAUCUGCUGUCCAAGAUGGUGGCGGGGCAGCCCCACUUUGUGCGCUGCAUCAAACCCAACAACGACAGGCGAGCCAACAAGUUUGACCGGGAGAAGGUUGCGCUCCAGCUGCGCUACACGGGGAUCCUGGAGACGGCCAAGAUCCGCCGGCAGGGCUACUCGCACCGCGUUCCCUUUGCUAAUUUCCUCAAGAGGUACGGCAUCUUGGCGUUCCCUGCCCACGAGGAACCCCCGGUGACUCCGCAGACGUGCGCCGCCAUCCUGGAAAAAGCCAAGCUGGACAACUGGGCCAUGGGCAAGACCAAGGUUUUCCUCAAGUACUACCAUGUGGAGCAUCUGAAUCUGAUGGUCCAGCAGGCCACGCAGCGCAUCGUGCUGCUCCAGGCCUGCGUCCGAGGCUGGCUGGGCUCCCGACGCUACCGCCGACUCUUGAAGGAGCGAGAGAGCGGCGCUCUGGUGCUGCAGGCUGCGUACAGAGGCUACAAAGUGCGAAAGAGGGUCUCCGAUGACAAGAACCAGAAGCUGGAGGCUUUUGUCCUCCGCUUUCAAGCUGUCUGCCGGCGCUAUCUUGCCAAAAAGAAGUUCAAGGAAUUGGUGGAGGAGAAGCACCGAGCGGCAAGGGAGACUCAGGCGGACCAGGUUGACAAGAACUUGGAAAGGAAACGAGAAGCCUCAGAGGAUGCAGAGAAAGCUCAGAGCGUCGAGUGGGAGAAGCCACCCGAACCGGACCGGGACAUUCCCUGUCCGUCUUCAAGCGACGAAAGUACAACAGAGCAAACCAAGGCCGCCGUGGUCCUGCAGAGCAACUUUCGAGGCUACCGAGAGAGGAAGAAGUUUAAGGAGAGAAAGACGACUGGAGCCGAAGCCAUCCCGCGGCCGCUGUCAGAAGAGGAAGGUGGCCAAGAAGCAGAGGAAGGUGUGAGGAGCCCCGAGGAUGACGAUGAGGAUACAUAUGAAGCAGAGGAAAACCAAGACAGCGACCACACGCAGGUGCCAGAUGAUGAGGAUGACACAGAAGUGGCGGAUGAGCAGACGCUUGAGUCCGAGGAACAAGUCCCGCAGGCCCUUGGGUCCGAGGAACAAGUUCCGCAGGGGCUUGUGUCCGAGGAAGCCAAAGCCGCCGUGGUCCUCCAGAGUAACUUCAGAGGGCACAUGGCGAGAAAGAAGCUUCAGAAAGAAGCCCAGGGAAACAUGAACCACCCAUAUGAGCAGGCGGCUUCCAUUGAAGAUACCAUGGAGCAUGGCGGCAGAGACCCGGAGGAAACCAAAGCCGCCCUGGUCCUUCAGAGUCACUUCAGGGGCCACAAGGAACGCAAACGACUUCGCGAGGAAAGGCAGAGCCCUGGCAGGAGGACACAAGAACUCAAAGAGGAGCCAGAAUCCUAUGAGAACCUGGAGGUGCCGGGGGAAGAACCUUUAUCUCCAAACGAUGUGGAGCUAGAAUUAGUAGAGGAGCCUUUGGAUGCCUCCCAUGUUCUUUUGGAAUGUGAGGAUGACAAACAGGAGGAAGAAGAGGCUGCGCUAAAGAUCCAGAGUAACUUCAGAGGCUACAAGCAGCGCAAGAAAAUGAAGGCCAGCAAGCAGGCGGCGCAGGAGGAGGCCCAGCAGCUGGAGACUUUCUCCAAGCAGAUCGCAAAGACUUCUCACAACUUUGCAGCCCUGCAGCGGAAGUUGACGGAGCUCAUCCAGGCCCAUCGAUCAAAGCCGGAGACAAACGGCGUGUUUGUCAAGGAGAAAGCAAUCGACGGCGUCGCUACCCUGCUGCGCAAAUCACCAGACAAACGACUGUCGAGGCCACCCCGCCGCAGCCUGCAGCCCAAGAUCCUCAACACUCCCGAGGACUCCACCUACUACACCUUGAUCCAUCGCUCCGUCCGGGAUGACAAGCGCAAGCCCAGGAAAGAAGCUCCAGGUAAACUAGUGGAUGUGGACCAGCACUACUACCAGACUUUGCCCACCAGCAAGUCCACGCCGACCCUUGCCUCAGAGGAAACCUCGUCCAACAGUGGCAUCCGGCGCAGGUUUUCCGAGGACCGGAUCCGCUCCGUGAGGAUAGAGCCCGAACCUGCCGAGACCAGACGGCCAGAAGAAUCCAAGCCGCGGUCCGAACCUGCCAAAAACACAAGAACGCCGUCUGCCGGCGCCGACGACAACCCGCACGACUUCAGGCACCUGCUGAGGAAGACCUCGCAGAGACGAAGGCUCAUCCGACAGUACCGAGCAAAGGACUGAACUUUUCCUUGGUUUUGUUUUUAAUCAUACGACGGCGACAAUGGCAAUUAAGUCAAGUCACACAAAGCUAAACUGACCAACGAGAACUUUUUAGGUGGGAAUAAUAAUUGAUAACAAACAGCCCUACCUGAUUGCAGAUUGUUUGGUGUCACAUUGGCUGUUAAACGUCGCCCACUCAGCAUCACUUGCAGCCUGCCAGUCUGCGCUCUCUUUUCAAGUGGUCUCAUUUUUUUCAGGUUUUUUGGUGGCGGGGUCCCUGAUCUGGGGUGUCAAGAUUUGUGUGAUCAUGCGAAGCCCUUUCGAGACUUUUCUGUGAGGAAGGGCAAGAGACUUGACCUGAAUCCUUGCAAAUAAAAGCCUUGCAAUUUAGUCUCUAUUUAGUUUAUAUUGUUCAUAUUUUUACCCGUGUUUGUGUGUAUCAUAUAUGAAUUAAGAACUUUAUUUUGCCCCAGAAUGAAAAAGGUUUCGCAGCA